GAAUCUUGUGUGGGCUGGAGGGAGAUUUAGCCAUCUCCUGAUCUCAAGGCCCCUUUCCCACUUUCAUUAUCUUUUACUUUACCUUUUUCUUUCUCCUUCUUUCUUCCUUUGAUAUGGACAAUCGAUGCUAUUUAUCUCAAUGUUAUGUAAGUUUAUGCUGCAGAAAUUCUGUCGUCAUAAGCCUUCACCCACCCAAUCAAUUGCAGCCCAUAAACCCUUCUGUCCCUUCUGUAAUUACCAGGACAUUAAAACUCUAGGAUUGAAAAUUGAAAGAUUAAAUUACUCUCAUUUUAUCCAAGCUCCCCCAUGCAUCCCAGAUCUCUUUCUUGGCCAGAUUCCAGGUUGUCCAAUUCUCCCCUGCAGUAGGGAGCAGGCUCAGGCAGGCUGUGCCACCCGCUCCCCCCAGUCCUGCACUAGGACAGCUCAGGGCUGGGGACUCUGCAUUCCUGAGGGGCCACCUAAGAAGCAGCCACCUGGCUCAGGGAGAAGCCCUCUAUUCUCCCAGCCUCCUCAGAUUCAAGGCUUUGACCUUGGUCAGCCCCUGUGGCCAGCGUUUACCUACGCAUUUCUAGGUGCCCUGCUGAAGUGCCACCCUGAGGCACCCAGUACUAUUUCUGAUUUCUGUGCAAACUCACUUUGCACAGGGAAGGGCUGGGUAAAAGUGUAGAAGAGCAAGUUUCCCUCAGUGAGGGAUUGAUUCUAGGGUUAGAAUGAGGAAAUAAAGGCUGUUUCUUCCUCUGCUACUUUGUCUUCCACUCACAGACAGGCUUGGCCCAGCCUGCGAGCUUUGGUUUCCCGGACAGUUAUUCAGCUGUUUUACUCCUGUUGAUUCUCCUGCUUUAAGGUCCCUGCUGCUGUUAUUAGCAAUUCUUCCCUCCCGUCCCCCAGCCCGUUCACCAGAGAACUUGCUGCAGUCAAGGGUCUGCAUGGAAGCCCUUUUCCUGAGCAUCCUCUCUUUACCUCCCGCCUGCCACUGUCCCCUGUGUCGCUGUCAAAUUGCGUGCCACAUUGCCACACUCAGUUUUUAUCCAGUGGUUCCAAAUAAAAACAAACGUGAAAUGAAAGGCCUGAUUAAUGGGUGCUGAUGUGUGGAGAUGGGGCAAAGUGCAUGAGAAACACCCUCGUCAUCAGAUGGGUGAUCAGCGUGGACGUUGACUUGGAUAGGGUGGGUGGGAUGUUUCGAGUGGUGAUUGGGAUGAGAGUUGGGGCACAGGAAUAUCCUGUCUGAAGCUUCAGAAUCCUUGAGGGUGGGUUGUGGUAGGAAGGAAAGCUGCCUUUCUCAAAAGCCAGUGUUUUUCUGGCUUGUUGUUUGCUCAGAGAGGUCUGAGGUUUGCAGUGACUCAUCUGUCCUGGGCCUCUGGCAUCCUCUUUGUGCUACGCAGGGCCAUUUUAGCUCAUUAUGGUCUGUUUUCAGUGAAAAGCCCCCGUAUUGGUGCGGAAGGUUGCAGGUCAGGUGAUGCCUUGACAAAACAUGGAGCGGCAAGCUGGCAAAUGAUCCGGCUCAGAAUUGUUCCAGAGCAUCAUCCUGUGGCAUUAGGGGCCAAACAAACCCACCUGUAGACUGUUGCAAUAAAGGAAUCAUAAUAAACUCUGCAUCACCAUGGUGACCCCCUGUGGCCUACUCAGUGACAAACAGGAGCCAAUGCCGCUGAAGAGUGUCUCUGUGAGCUUGUCCAUUAAUGAGUUUGUGACCAGUGUGUCUGCAACCCUCAACUAUGAGAAUGGAUGGAAAGUUCCGUUGGAGGCCGCCUUUAUCUUCCCCAUGGAUGAAGACUCUGCUGUCUACAGCUUCGAAGCCUUGGUGGAUGGGAAGAGAGUUGUAGCAGAAUUACAGGACAAGGCGAAGGCCCACAGAAAGUAUGAGAAUGCUGUCUGCAAGUGGCGCCAGGCCUUCUUUCUGGAGGAGGAUGUGAGAUCCAGGGAUGUCUUCUCUUGCAAUGUGGGGAGCCUCCAACCUGGGGCGAAGGUGGCACUCACCCUGAGGUAUGUGCAGGAGCUGUCCCUGGAAGCAGAUGGUGCCCUGCGCUUCGUGAUCCCAACUGUCCUGAACCCCAGAUACCAGCUGUCUGGAUGUACUCAGGACAGCUGCCUUAAUAGGAGGAUUCCUAUAGUCCCUUUGGAGGACCUGUCCUACACACUCAGUAUGGUCGCCACCAUCACUUCCCAGCAUGGCAUUGAGCAAGUCCAAUGCAAUUGCCCCUUGAGUCCUACUGAGUACCUUGGAGAUGAUAAGACUUCUGCUCAGGUCUCCCUGGCUGAGGGACACCACUAUGAUCGGGACGUGGAACUCCUGAUUUACUACAAUGAGGUGCAUGCCCCCAGCGUAGCUGUGGAGAUGGGGAUGCCGGAAAUGAAGCCAGGGUGUUUCUUGGGAGAUCUAUCUGCAAUGUUGAGUUUCUAUCCAAAUAUCCCAGAAGCCCAUCCACCAAAUACCUGUGGAGAAUUUAUCUUCCUCAUGGACCGCUCAGGAAGUAUGGAGAGCCCCUUGAGUAACCAGAGUAGAUCUCCACUGCGUAUAGAGGCAGCCAAGGAAACACUGAUUUUGCUGCUGAAGAGUUUACCUGUAGGCUGUUAUUUCAACAUCUAUGGAUUCGGCUCUACCUAUGAGGCAUUCUUUCAGGAAAGUGUGAAGUACACUCAGCAAACAAUGGAGGAGGCACUGGGGAGAGUGAAGCGUAUUCGGGCAGACCUAGGGGGCACUGAAAUCUUGGCACCACUCCGGAACAUUUACAAGGCACCCUCCAUCCCAGGCCACCCCCUACAGCUUUUUGUCUUCACAGAUGGAGAAGUUAGUGACACAUCCACUGUAAUUAAAGAAGUUGAAAUCAACAGGCAGAAACACAGAUGUUUCUCCUUUGGUAUUGGAGAAAGUGCCUCCACCAGCCUCAUAAAAGGCAUUGCCCUGGCCUCAAAGGGCACUUCAGAAUUCAUCACAGGGAAGGACAGGAUGCAAUCCAAGGCUCUGAGGACCCUGAAAUAUUCUCUACAGCCCGUGGUAGAGGAUGUCUCUGUGAGCUGGGAUUUGCCUCCUGGUCUAUCUGCUAAAAUGCUUUCCCCAGAACCAACUGUCAUCUUUAAGGGUCAGAGGUUAAUCAUCUACGCUCAAUUGACUGGGGUGAUGCCACCAGCAGAGACAACAGGAAAAGUAUGCCUCAAGUAUGCAUUCCAGGGCAAGAAUUUUGAGGAUAAGGUGACAUUUUCUCUACAACCUAAGUCCGAUGCCAACCUCACCAUUCACCGCCUUGCUGCCAAGUCCUUUAUCCAGACCAAGGACAUGGGCCUCACAGAGACUCCAGCAAGUCAUAAAAGCGAAAUAUUGAACAUCAGCCUUGAGUCUGGAGUCAUAAGCUCCUUCACAGCUUUCAUUGCUAUCAACAAAUCGCGCAACGAGUCAGUUCAGGGGCCCCUGACUUAUUUGAACAUUAUAAGGCCAUUUCUGAUGAGAAGACUACUAGGAGGUGUUUUCCCCCCCUGCAGACAUUUUUGUUCUCCAUUGGCUCGCAGGAGUGUUGCUUAUUGUGCAAACAUGACAUGCGUGGACUAUGAUUACAAUUACUAUACAUCAAUGAAUCGCAAGAGACUGAACCGUCUAGCCUUUAGAGAGAAUCAUCUUAUACAGCUGGUAUCCCUACAAAAUGCAAAUGGUUCUUGGGAUCUGAGUGAAGAUCUGGCCAAGGCCCUAGACGUGAGUUUGGAAGAUAUAAUAGCUGCACACCCUACCGAGCUUGUGGAUUCCUCAGGCUGGGCCACGAUCCUGGCGGUGAUCUGGCUGCAUACCAAUGUGAACGACUUGAAGUGUGAGUGGGACCUCCUGGAAAGGAAGGCUGUGGCCUGGGUUCGCAUCCAUGCAGGCUCUGUCACACAAGCACUUGUGAAAGCCGCUAACGCCCUCCUGAAGUCAUCUGUGGAUCCUGCUGUCUUUGCCUUCUGAGAAUUUCGUCCAGGGAAAGAAGUGCCUCUCCUUAGCUACUGCCACUUUCUUUACCAUCUCUUCUGCUGUGAUGUGGUUUUGUGUUUAUACCUCUCCUGCCAGUUUCUUGCCAUUAAAGUAAAGGAUGCCCACCCCACCUUGCUUUCUUGUUCCAGGUUCCCUUUGCACGUGAUCCUCCUUUCCUUACCAUGUCCACUCGGACAAGUGACAGUGGUCUUAGAACCUACUCCCUUCCUUGGAGUUCAGAGCAUUCACAUGCAGUAAUGUUCCUCCCAGGUUUUCCAAAGUGACAACGCGAAAAACAGGUGACAAGGAUUUCAUCCUAAAGGUAGCAGCAUUGAUGUAAGGAAAUGCAUGAAUUAGACAAUUCUCUGCAUUAUAUUUGUCUAUUCAAUUUCAAUCUUAUAUACUUACCAGAACCAUACUGGUAAGCUUUGAAGUUUUCCAUUCUUAGGAGAAGGAGUUAGAGGGAGGUAGAAAGCCAACAUCAGGAUCGAUGUAACUUCAAGAUCACAAAGAGAGCCUCAUGAAGUCCACUGUGAGAGUUGGCACUACUGGGGACCUUGUUGAUUAAUUCCACGGGGACUUUGCUAGCCUACCCUGCAUGCCUUUCCUUCCUGCCUAUGAGACUUGGGUUGAAUGACAUCUAUUGGAGACCGAUGUUUCUCCUUAAUCGUUAAACAUCUUAAAGGGCUAUGGAAUGGACUCCUUAGUCCUUGCCUGAGUCUGGGAGGCCUCUAAGUCAGGCUCUGACCUAGUGUAAUAAAGGGAAGGGAGGGCAUCAUGGCAGUUUUACCUGAGACCUGAACCUGGAUCCCUCACCACAUGAGGAAGAAAGGAGCUCACGUGAUCGCCCCAGACCCUUGUCUCACAUACUGUAUCCUAGUGCAAAUGACCCUGUUUGAUGUGCUGUCCUCCAUAAUAGUUGUUAUAUCAAUAUUAAAUUACUAAUUCUGCA